AUGCCGGCUGAACGACGAGCUUUUACUGCGACCAGACCUGUCAAGACUGAGCGUACUCACGGAGAGAAUCAAGAGCGUGCCUACAUUGCGGCUUCGCGACGCAGUGACCGCAGCUUGGAGGCGCGCAUAGAGUCUGCGCGUCGAGCUUCUGAAAUUCACAAGAAGCGCACUGGACGCGCUCUUCGCGUCACUGAGCAGGAUGUCAUCAAUGAAGAAAUGUACGAGGAAGAGGAUGAUGAUUUGCCAACGCAGUACCAGCGUCUUAAUGCCCAUCUGCACACGACGUCAGUCAUGUUUUACAAGAAGCUUCACGACUACAUCGCGACUCAGCAUGGUGUGAGAAACAUGUUCAUGAUGCAGUACAACAACCCUCAGUUUCAGCAAUUUGGUGGUCAAUUUUCGCCGAACACUGGUGCCAUGCCGCAGGCGAACACCUGGCUGAACCCAUCCAUGCUUCCACCUCAGCAGUUCAACCAAUCCUCUCCUCAGCAGGGUGUGCACCAGCAGUCGCAGCCGUUCAGCCCCAAUGGCGCUCAGCAGCAGCAAGAUUUCCGGCAGUCACCGUACCAAAUUCCUCAGAGAACCAACUCACAUCAACGCUCGCUCUCCACUCAGUUACCGUCUGCAACCGGAACCUUCGAUUCAUCCCCCCAGUCAGCACCCGGCGACAUUACAACACCGCAGGAUUCGUUUAGAAGGAUGUCUUUGUCACCACAUGCGCUUGAGCAGCAGUCGCAGUCGGGAUUGUCCGCACAAACGCGCCCUGCAUUCUCGCGAUCGUCCACUUCACAGUCCUUUCAUUCAUCCAUGUCGGCUCAGACGGCUUCACCAGCGACAGUUACGGGUACUGCAACGCCUCAUCUGCACAACGAGAACGAUAAGGCCACAUCCUACCCUCAUAGCCCGGCGGGCUAUCCAUUCAGUUCGCAUAUGUUGAGCUCCAACCCGCUGACUGUGUCGUUGCCACCUGAGUCACAGCAGCUGAACGGGUCAGCGCUUGAUCCCAACGACCCGCACACCGCCAUGUUCAUGGCCGGCAGUGGGAACCUUGCCCAGCGGUUCGCUACGACGUACAAUUACAACCCGAAUUACUCGGGUAAGGCUGGACUGAUGUCGAUUGCGGACGACACACAGUGUGUCCAAUAA